AUGAUACGAACGGACCAUCCGCCAACUGGAUCACUAUUACUUCUCUCAACACUCUCUAUAGCCGAGGCACAUAUGUGCGGUUCAAGGAGAGAACUUCCGGACUCAGGAGGUAGUAGCCCCCUGUACUACGACGCUCUCUCCAGUGGCCAGCGCAACCUCCCAAACGCCCGCUCGUCACUGCAGCAACUGGGUGUCUAUGCGAAGGAUCACCUGCUCGGCGUUGACUUCAGGCGUCGCAUCCAGGAGAAGGGACGUCGCAAGGUAGUCCGUUCGGCCAAGGAGCAACAACGGGCCGCCCUCAAGUGGGAUGAAAUUGCAUAA